AGACUUCGGACUCUCACUCCCUCUCCCGCUUAUGCUAUUCUCCAACGUCCAUGGACUCCCCUGACUUCCCACCUCCUCUGCUUCUCCUCUCCCUCUUCCUCUCUCUGGCUCUCACUCUCUCCGCCGCCUACUCUCCGACGCCACCGCCGCCCAAUGACACCCACACCCUCACCUUGUUCCGCCUCCAGGCCGACACCCACGCAGCCCUCCUUCCUAACUGGACUGGCCAUGACGCCUGCCGCUCCUCCUGGUUCGGCGUCCGCUGCUCCCCCUCCGGCCGCGUCACGGCCCUCGUCCUCCCCUCCCUCAGCCUCCGAGGCCCCCUUGACCCCCUCUCCCCGCUAGACCAGCUCCGCCUCCUCGACCUCUCCGGCAACCGCCUCAACGGCACCAUCUCCCCACUCACCAACUGCACCAACCUCAAGCUCCUCUACCUCUCCGGCAAUGACCUCUCCAGCAAUAUUCCCGCAGAGGUAUCAUCGCUCCGCCGCCUCCUCCGUCUCGACCUCUCCGACAAUAACAUCCAUGGCCCUAUCCCUGGGGACAUCGGUUCCCUCAUCCGCCUCCUCACCCUCCGCCUCCAAAACAACCUGCUCUCUGGCGAGGUCCCGGACUUCUCCGCCUCCCUCAUCAACCUUAAGGAGCUGAACCUCACCAACAAUGAGCUCUUCGGCCAAAUCCCUGAGCCGAUGAUGAAGAAAUUCGGCGAGAAGAGCUUCUCGGGUAACGCAGGCCUGUGCGGGGCAAGCCCGCUGCCCGCCUGCUCGCUUGUGGGCUCUCCGCCGCCAAUUGAGACCGUCCCGUCAAACCCCAGCUCGAUGCCCGUGACAAACAUUAUUCGGCCUGGCCAGAAGCACCCCAAAAGUGGGCUCGGGCCCGGUUCGAUCGCGGCGAUUGUGCUCGCCAAUUGUGUGGCCCUGCUAGUGGUGACCUCCUUCAUCGUGGCCUACUGCUACUCACGGGACUCGGGCGGGUCCCACUCGAAGGAGGGGAGCGAAGGCAAAAGGAGGAGCAGCAGUGUGAGCGAGAGGCGUGUCUACGCGAACAAUGCAGGCCCUGUGGACAGCGACGGGACAGAUGUGACGGACCGGAGCAAGCUGGUGUUCUUCGAGAGGAAGAACAAGUUCGAACUUGAGGACCUGCUCAGGGCAUCGGCCGAGAUGCUUGGGAAAGGGAGCCUCGGGACCGUCUACAAGGCAGUCCUCGAUGAUGGGUCCACAGUCGCAGUGAAGAGGCUCAAGGACGCGAACCCCUGCGCGAGGGAGGAGUUUGAGCGGUACAUGGACGUGAUUGGGCGGGUGAAGCACUUGAAUGUGGCGAAACUCAGGGCUUACUACUACGCGAGGGAGGAGAAGCUCUUGGUCUAUGAUUAUCUCCCCAAUGGGAGCCUGCACUCCCUGCUCCAUGGAAACAGAGGUCCUGGGAGAAUUCCGCUCGACUGGACUACAAGGAUAAGUUUGGUUUUAGGAGCAGCUCGAGGGCUCGCAUGGAUUCAUGAGGAAUACAGCGACACGAAAAUCCCACACGGAAACAUAAAAUCGUCGAAUGUUUUAUUAGACAAGAACGGAGCUGCCUGCAUUUCCGAUUUUGGGCUCUCCUUGCUCCUUAACCCUGCCCAUGCCAUAGCCCGACUGGGAGGAUACCGGGCACCGGAGCAGGCUGAGACCAAGAGGCUCUCCCAGAUGGCCGAUGUCUACAGUUUCGGGGUCUUGCUGCUGGAAGUCCUCACAGGCCGGGCUCCGUCCCAGUUCCCUUCCCCGGCCCGGCCCCGAGGAGAAGAGGAGGAGCAGGCCUUGGACUUGCCCAAGUGGGUUAGGUCGGUCGUGAAGGAGGAGUGGACGGCUGAGGUUUUCGACCAGGAGCUCCUCCGGUACAAAAACAUUGAGGAGGAGCUCGUGUCCAUGCUCCAUGUGGGUCUGGCUUGCGUGGUGGCCCAGCCCGAGAAGAGGCCCACGAUGGCGGAAGUGGUCAAGAUGAUCGAGGACAUACGGGUGGAGCAGUCCCCGCUAGGAGAGGAUUACGACGAGUCCCGAAACUCUCUCUCACCUUCGCUUGCCACGACCGAGGAUGGGCUCACAGGGUAUUGAGAUGGAUGCUCUCUCCAUUGUGUUGCGUCCGCCCGAAAUGAAUCGAUUUCAGUUCUGUUACGGGCUUGGCACUGCCUCGUUGCUGUGUUAGAUGGGUGUCUUGUGUUCUUUGCAGAAAGUUAAUGCGUAAGUUCUGUCUCUAUCGCUCUCCAUGUCGAGAUUCGAAGGUCCGGAGAUCUCCCCCGUAGAUUACUCAAUUCCAUAAUGUAUUCGAAGUGUAUCGGCUAGUUAUUCAUUCGCUGUAGAACUCUGUCUAGAUUAAAAGAAGCAGUUUCCGAAUUCCGGUCUCCUAAAA